AUGGAGCCGGCGGAGUCGCAGGCGGCCGAGGGCGAGCCGUGGCCGGAGGUGGCGGCCUGCGGCCGGCGUGAGCUGAGCCUGGAGGCUGGCGAGGCGCUGGAGCGGCGCGUGCGAGCGGCCGGGGGACGCCUGCCGGCGGCGGUGGGGGCGCUAGGCGCGGCCCUGCGCUCGCUGGAGGUGCGCGGCGGCUGCGCGGCGCUGCGGGAACCCGGGCCGGCCCUGGGGCGCCUGGCGGGGCUGCAGACGCUGGCGCUGCCGGGCUGCGGGCUGGGCCCGGCCGGGCUGGCCCACGCCGGGCGCCUGCUGCCGGCCACGCUGCGCACGCUCGACCUCUCCGGCAACGCGCUGGAGCAGCUGCCGACCGAGCUGGGCGGAGCCGGCGCGCCGCAGCCCGAGGCGGCCGCGGGAGCGAGGGACGGCACGGCCGCCCUGCCCGAGCUGCGGCUGCUCAACUUGCGCCGCAACCGCCUGCGUGAGCUGGGCCCCGGCCUGGCCCGCCACGCGCCGGCCCUGCAGGAGCUGCUGCUGGGCGGCAAUCGGCUGCGCAGCCUCCCGGGAGGCCUCGUGCCUGCGCCUGGCGACGGCGACCGCCGCGCCGCAGCCCCGCUGCCGCUUCUGGGCGUCCUUGAGGCCGCCGGCAACGACUUGGAGGAGCUGGGACCCCACAUCGCCCGCCUGUCUGGGCUCAAGAGUCUGGAUGUUUCCAAUAACAAAUUAUCUGAAAUCCCUGUGGAGCUGGCCGACUGUCCAAAGCUGAAGGAUGUCAACUUGAAAGGAAAUGCUCUCAAGGACAAACGACUGGAAAAGAUGGUGAAUGGCUGCCAGACAAAGUCCAUCUUGGAGUAUUUGCGUGUUGGAGGCCGAGGGGGCGGCAAAGGGAAAGGCAAGCAGGACAGUGCUGAAAGAGAAGAGCCAAGGAAGAAAAAGAGAGAGAAGAACAGGAAGAAAGGCAGUGAUUCUGAAGAAGAGGCGGAAGAGAGCCGGAAGCUGCUGCUGAAAGUUCUCCACAUCUCCGAGAAUCCAGCACCAUUGGUCAUAAAAGCCAGUCCCAAUGUCAAAGACAUCCGUCCAUAUAUUGUAUGUUGUGUGGUGAAAGGCAUGAAAUUCAACCCAGGCAAUGCUUUGAAGAGGUUUCUUUCUGUUCAGACUAAACUCCAUGAGGACAUUUGUGAGAAACGAACAGCAGCCACUAUUGCCACGCAUGACUUACGACUGGUGAAAGGUCCUCUUCUUUACGAUGCCCGUUCUCCAGACAAUCUCAAGAUCGUUCCCUUGGGCCGGAAGGAAAUUAAAGCAAAGGAUCUCCUCCGGCAGCUACAGGCAGAAGCUGAGGAGCAGCGAAAACAGAAGAAAAGGCAGAAUAUCUCUGGACUGCACAAGUACCUCCAGUUAUUGGAUGGGAAAGAGAAUUACCCUUGCCUGGUGGAUGCUGAAGAUGCUGUCAUUUCUUUCCCACCGAUUACAAAUAGUGACAAGACAAAGCUGGGAAAAACAACCUCUGACGUCCUUCUGGAAGUCACAAGUGCUACCAGCCUGCAGAUCUGCAAGGAUGUGAUGGACAGCCUCAUUCUAAAAAUGGCAGAGCUGAACAAGUCUACUUUGGAGAAUAAUGAUGUGGAGCUGGGUUCUGAAGAGGAAUGCAAUGAGGCUGUUCGGCAUGAAAAUUCGAGCCCCAGAGGUCCUUCCCAGAACUCUCCCCUGAUGUUGGAGCAGGUUCGGGUCGUGGACAUGGAUGGGAAUUUAAAAGUCCUUUAUCCUUCGAAAACAGAUCUCGGCGCGUUCUCCUCCCUCGUGACUAUUGUUCAUUAGGCGCCCUUAGCGUCCUCCGCUUGUCCUGGGGCGUGUUCUGUGACAUUUGUAGCCAGCAGCCCCACUGGGUGACUUUUCCAGUGUACAGGCACCAAGGCGCCCUGCUUUGAGGCAUGGGGCGGUUGACUGCUAACUAUGCAGGGCUCUUUGGUCAAGAGAGACUCAGGCAUCCGUGUGGUUAAUGACAUGGAACCCCCUAGCCAAGGCUGCGCUUGCUCCAGGCUGACAUUGGAUGAGGGCGCCGAACACUAUUUAUUUUAAUGAGAUAGGGUGGUACCUGUGCCGUGUGUGAGCAGGAGUCUCCUGAGCGUAGCCGCGCUCUGGCUGUGAUCAGCAGCUGCGUGGGGUGCGGUCUCUGGAGGGCCAGCAGCACUGCCUCCACAGACACAACCUCAGCUUGUUCCGGCGGUCGCGGGAGGGCAGGCGAGGAGGGUGUCUCGCAGCUCCUUCCUCUCCCCGGUGUUCAGGUGCCGGCUCUCUGGCCGCAUGAACUGCUUAUUCCCACAGUUUGGGGGGCAGCCCAUUCCUCCGGGGCUGUGCCCAGGGUCAGUGGAGAAAGGCCCCUUUGUCUGAUCCACCGGUGUUGGUGAAACGAUGUGGCGGGAAAUGCCCAUGCGCCAGGGAACUGUACAAAAUGUCUGAAUUGGAGCUUGUACCCCAGACAAGUUUUUCCAACUGGAGGCCCUCCAGCUCUCUGGGAUUCCACCCUCCAUCAGCCUCGUCUGGAAUGAGAGAGUCAGGCAUGCUGGAGUCAGAGUGCCGUGUGGCAGCAAAACGUCGCAUGAGGGAAGAGGCCCCCAAGCCAAGGGUGGUGCUCCAGCCCGCGGGGUGGGCGCUCUUGCCAGGGCUCGAGGCCUCGAUCGGAGCCUUCCCAGCUCUUCACAUCAUCUCAGUGGUUUGCAGCGCGUUGUGUCAUUGCGGUAGUAAAAUCACCCCUGCGCAUCACAUGCCACACUGGCUGGGGCGGCAGCACUGGUCAAGGGGCACGUGGUGAAACCACACCAGAGUGGUCACUUAGAUGGGAUUGGUGCUCGUCUGCCCUCAGUCUUGGUCCCCUCCACACUGCAGUGCCCGUGAUCCUUGGCUGUUGGCCAUACAGGUGGGCACUGGUGGGAGUUGUAAUCCAAAAUAUGUGGAGAGCACCAGAUAGUGGCCUUUCCAGAACCGGUGGUGUUUGUGGGAGGGGGUGUGAUGCUGUUCCAGGAGAAUAAAGGCAGAAAUCCCACUGGAUGUGCUUGAGCCCUGUGGCUCCAGCUAAAGGUACCCUCUUGCAGCAUGGUCUAACUUUCUAGCCCUCAGUGAUCACAGAGAAGGACUUAAAUGAUAGCAGCCACUCAUGCCAAAAGAGUACAAAUAAAGCGGAAAGAACAUUUCUGA